UGUCUCUGUUUCAGGCUGACCUCAACGGAGCUUUUUCUAAACAUCAUGGGAGAGAUUAAAGUCUCUCCUGACUAUAACUGGUUCAGAAGUACGGUUCCUCUUAAAAAGAUAAUAGUGGACGAUGACGACAGUAAGGUCUGGUCGCUGUACGAUGCAGGCCCGAGGAGCAUCCGGUGCCCGCUCAUAUUCCUGCCUCCUGUAAGUGGAACUGCGGACGUUUUCUUCCAGCAGAUUUUGGCCCUGACUGGAUGGGGUUACAGAGUUAUUGCUUUGCAGUAUCCAGUGUAUUGGGAUCACCUUGAAUUCUGUGAUGGAUUCAGAAAACUAUUAGAUCACCUUCAGUUGGACAAAGUUCACCUUUUUGGAGCUUCCCUGGGAGGCUUUUUGGCUCAGAAAUUUGCUGAAUACACCCACAAGUCUCCCAGGGUUCAAUCCCUGAUCCUGUGUAAUGCCUUUAGUGACACUUCUAUCUUCAAUCAGACAUGGACAGCAAACAGCUUUUGGCUGAUGCCUGCUUUUAUGCUGAAAAAAAUUGUCCUUGGGAAUUUUGCCUCUGGUCCAUUAGAUCCUGAGAUGGCCGAUGGGAUUGAUUUCAUGGUGGACAGGCUGGAGAGCCUGGGCCAGAGUGAACUAGCUUCAAGACUUACCCUCAACUGCCAGAAUUCCUAUGUAGAGCCUCAUAAAAUUCGAGACAUUCCUGUAACUAUUAUGGAUGUGUUUGACCAGAGCGCGCUUUCGACUGAAGCAAAAGAGGAGAUGUACAAGCUUUAUCCAAACGGCCGAAGAGCUCACCUCAAAACAGGAGGCAACUUCCCCUAUCUCUGCAGGAGUGCUGAAGUCAACCUGUAUAUUCAAAUCCACUUGCUGCAGUUCCACGGGACCCGCUAUGCAGCCAUUGAUCCCUCCAUGGUGAGCGCGGAAGAGCUGGAAGUGCAGAAGAUCAGCCUGCACAGCAGCAGCGAGCAAGAGGAGCAGUAGAUUUUGUGACUGUCCAUGAAAAUGAUGAAUCAGUUCGGUCUUCCUGCGUACAAUCAAUUGUUCCCACUCUGCCUUUUCCUUUUGUUAGCCGAUUAUCACUGUGUGAUUCCAACAGGUUCAAUAGUCAGUGAACUACCCAAGGAUGAUAAACCCACAACAGCGUAAUGAAAUACCUUUAAUUUUUAGUUUUUGGAUUUCAGGAAGUAUCUUUGAAGACUACAGUUUUAAAAACAAAGACAUUUUUGCUACCAAAGGCUUCACAUUCAUGUUCUUAAACAGAACAGUGUUUCUUUUUAUGUUUUCAUUCAGCUGUAUAUAUUGCCACAUGCAGGUUAUGUACCAAUAAGCGGCCAUAUUUUUGUUGAAUAUUGGUUCAAAAGAUGUUUAAGUGCCAAUGUUGCCACGACUUGUUUGCUUCAUAUAUUGUGUUGAAAGUAACUUUCUAUUUGAAAUACAGCAUUUGAAUUUUUAACUUU